AUGGACCCCUUAGAUCCAGUAUGUUUUUCGCUUGAGCUGGACAACACUCGUCUCUUCCGUAACGCGCUCAGUAUUGCCGACAACGUGGAUGUUUCGCUGGGCACCCUAACGAUCUUGCUUCCCUCUGUCCAUGUUGGGGUUGAAUACUACCUGCAGGCGGUGAACGUUUCCAAUGUCGAUGACGUCUUCGCUCAGAGUAGUGACUUCUCCAUUGGUGCUGCCAUGGACAUUUCCCAGUCGAACGUUCCGUGA